UGGAGUCCAGCUCACAGCUUAGCUCUGCGGCCCGCGAGGCAAAGAAGCACAACAGGCGGACAGACAGAGAAAGAUAAGACAGGGUGACAGACGGACAGUCAAGUGGUUCAGUGACACAUGAAGAGACGGAGAGCAGCAGGCCGCCGGUAUACACUGACCAUGACAGCGCCUCCUCAGGUGUGUGAUCUCCAGCUGCAGACCCGUCAGCAUGGUCAGGUGCUCCUGCUUCAGGAAGGCUAUGCCUCUCUCCACACUGGCCACCUGCUGCUCCAGCUUCCCAGCAUCCAUGGCUGCAGCCCUACACAACCUGCACACAGAUGCAGGAGGCUGGAUGUCUUUUGGUAAGGUUUCUCCCACUACAGCUGUUGUGGGUCCAUUUUGAGGACCGACAUAGAGCAGAGCUCAGGUAGGCUUACUAUGCGUCUGUUCCAUGGAAAGUAAACAUAAUCUAUUUACCAAGCUACACUGACAAACCAUCUGCUCGAUAUUCUAUCUCACUCAGAUUUUCUGCAUUAGCUUUAUGAGGUAAUUAUCUUAUAAAAAAAAACACUCUCUAUUUGAAUAACCUCUUUCGGUUUUAUUUCUAGCCCAUAAAAGCUUUCUAGUUUCUGCACCGUGGCUCACGCGGUGUCUACCUGUAACUGUGCAUUCAUCACUGUGACCGUGGCCUACCGUGAUACUGAAGCUGUGUCCUGUUCAGAGCGUCUCUCAUGGAUCCUCGUAUCGCCGCGCUGUCUCCGCCCCUCGAUGCAGCGGAGAUGGAGUAAAACAAAAAGACUCGUGCAAAGACGUUCUGCGUGCAAACCAGCGCUUUGCGCGUUUCUCGUGCUCUCGGCUGAGCUGUUUCUCUGUUGCAGCAGGCCGACGUGUUUCCCGACCGUGUGAACGAAUCCUGCUGCAGUCUGAGUAGAAAUAACCUCCUCAUAACCUUCUUCUCUGUACGUGCAGUGCGGCUGCUGUACCCACAACAAAGCAGUCCGGUAUGAGGGGUGAUCAGUGCCACGAAGCAGCAGCAGCAGGAGGAGGAGGAGCUCCGUGGAAGUGAUGCUACCAGCUGUUGCAAGCAAAGAAAGGAAUCAUAUUUGUAUUUUAUUCCUUGAGAUGAUAGAUGUUGUUCAUCAAUCUUUUGGAAAAGCUUAUGCAUCAUAUGAGGCUCUUCGUUUGUUUUCAUUGGCAGAAGAAUUAUUCUGAUGCUUUACUUAAAAGUACUGAAACGUGUAAAAAAAAGUAAAAAUACCGUUACAGUUAAAGUACUGGAUUCACAUUAAUUGUAUUAGCAAAACAUACUUAAAGUAUCAAAAGUAAAAGGCCCAUUGCAGUGUUUAUUAUAUGUUAAGCAUUAACAGCAUCUUAAAGACAGCCCAUUUUAACUCAUUAUUAUGCUGAUUGGCUUUCAAUCAAUAAUUAUGCACUCUACUUAUAAUUAUAUUUUUUGUAUGUUCAUUUCUAAUUUGCAAAGUAACUUGUAACUAUAGGUGUCAAAUAAAUGUAGUUUGAGUAAAAAGUACAAUAGUUCUUCUGAAAUUAAGAGGUAAGAAGUUCUUCAUCUUCAUCAGUCAACUAGUUGAUUAAUCCUUGCAGCUCUAAUUCUAUUUUAUUAAAUUAUUAUUUUUUCAUAUAAAAUGUUUUAGUAAAUAAAUUAAAGCUAUAUACAGUAUACGUAUAAACCAUUCAUCCAAUAAUUUGAAUAUUAGGUAUAGAUUACACAGAAGAAGAAAAAACUACGUUCAGGUUUAUUUUAUUUGCUCUGUGUAGUGCUUCGUGACAUACUGGUUAUAAAACAUCAUCCCUAUACUUGUGCAGUGUAAUCUGCCAUCAGUGUCAAUAAUACACAAAUACAUUCUGAAGUGGCAGGUAGAAUGAAAAGGAUCUUUUUCAUUGUUGCAAUCUGUUUCUUGCAAAAUGGUUGACGAGGUUAAUCCUCUCCUGGCUGCACUCCUGCUUGUCACUCAUGCUUGGGAGGGGAACAGGGUCACUCUGCAGAGAGGACUCGUAGUAAGGACAGACUUUUAGAUGAGCCGAUAUGGGAGGGAUGUCUGCCAUAUGCCACGAAUCCACUGAGGAGAAGAGGUGACUGAACUCCCAUACCUGGAGAGAAACAGGAAGAUACAAAAGGAAAUAUGGAUCACAGUCUUCUUCUCCCAGCGGAGGGUGACCAUCCCUCUCUCCUGCAGCAGAGAGGAGCUCACCUGCCUCAUCAGCUGGGACACCAGAGCCAGCUGGGACAGGGACAGACUGUCCAGGAAACUGGCCAUGUGGCACAGCACCUCGUAGGGCAGCGAGCUCAGAGAGUCCUCUGGUCCUCCUCCCCGACCUCCUCUCUUCCUCUGAGUGGUGGAGGAGUCCACUGAGCUCCUGGACGGCUGGGAGUCGUCACCUACUGAGGCUACAGCUCUGGAAAGACAGCCUUCAGUUUCAAGCGGUCAUAAAGGUCUGAUUGAUCCACCAGGGCCAUGGCAAGAUCCAGAGGCUCCCCUUGCCCCUGGAUUUCCUUCAGCACGUUCACCUGCAGGGCCAAGUCGCCGUGUGGGUUCAUGUCAUCGGUCGGCCACCGGAGCCACUCCAUGGAGCAACACACUACGCUGGCCGGACACAGCUGGAGGUGAGCUGCCUGCGAGGAGCGGGGCAGGUGGAGCGGGCAGCCGUACUCGGCGUUGAGGCAGGGCACCCUCACGUUGGGGCAGAGCAGCAGGUGAUCCUCCUCUUUACAAUGGUGGAAGAGAGCUCCACAGUGCAGGCGGCAGGGGAUGACCGCACAGCACACAGAGACCUCCACCCGAGCCCUGCAGCGCCGGCUGUAGCAGGAAUCACAGUGGACAUGCUGUCGCACCCUGGAGGCUCGAGAACGCUGACUCUGAUUGGAUGAGAAAGAAAAAGAGAGGAGUCAGCUUGGAUAAAAGAUUAAGAUUUACAACAUAGAAAACAGUGCAUAAUAAACAUGGUGCAUCAAAGCUUUAACUCAACAUGAAUUAGAUGUGGAAGGUCUGUGACUCACCAUAUCUAGAGGACACUGAAGCAAAGGUUUUUGUAAUCCUGCAAGUAAAACACAGAAAUGACACACAGAUUCAUACGUAAACCAUGUAAUGUUAAAUACCCCAAAUAGUGGAUAACAUAGUGUUACUCGAUCUUUUUGGAUUGGGAUCCAUCAGUCACAUAUUAUGACCAGGUCAAACAAAGAGAUAGAAAGAGUGAUUCUUUCCUUCUGGUUUAAUAUGAAUUAUUUUUAGAGGCCUGACAUAGUAAAAUGAUAUUAUUAUUCUCAAGAGUUUUAGGCAGCAUUAAUGUUGUUUGUUUUGUAUAUCAUGUAUCUUAUGAUCCCUACGCCUCACAACAAACAGUAAUGGUAAGCAUCAACAUCUGUUCUUCAGCUUGGCUCCAAAAGCACUCUUACAAAACUGCAUUUAAAUGUAUUUAUUCCAUGUUCUUACUAAAUGAGGAGCUGAAGGUAAACUAGAGGCCUAUAUAUUGUUACGGUGUGUGUCCUGAAGCACAGACGAGCACUUGAAGCAACUUUACUUCCGUUGUGUUACUGGUCUAAGAAGUUUCACUGGACUGUUUGCAACUUAAAAUAACAAAACUAAACAUCAUCGAAGUAUUUUAACACAUUCAAAGCGGGAUCACACCGUAUCCAGUCAAAGCUCUUACCAAGGUGCCACUGCAGAAGUGUUGCUUCCUCCUCGUUUUAUAACGUUGCUUUUGGUCUCUGUGCUGUUUGUACUGCCAGGUUAAAAUUAGCCAAGAAGCACCAAGCAAGUUCAGCAGGAGAACCCCCCCCACCCCUUUCAGUUUCUGCAGCGGACUCAAUCACGGCCACCAAACUUCUAUCUAUUCAUUCCUGGGCCGAAUGAAUGUGCACCAGCAUCAAGCACAGAGCCAUCAGCUUAUCUUCUGUUGGAGUGACACUGACACUUUUUAUUGAAUCUCCACUAGAGGACUCUGUUUGGAUAUGAAGUAACACAAAUUUUGCUCUCUGCAGCUGCAAAUCAAUUGUGCAAAGCACCACAAUAUGAAUCAGAGGGAGAGAUUUCCUGAUGCAAGUCUCUGAGGGUGCUGGUAACCCAAACCAUGUUUCUGACCAACUGUGUAACAUUUCUCAGUCAGUGCUCGGCUCUAUUUAUAAAACACACACAUAGCUCAGACACACACACACACACACACACACACGCACAGAGACACUUGGUCUUUAAAGCACAAGACGGAGUACACGGAGUAUGUUUCUCUGCUUUCCCUUCUCUUAGAGCGGUGGGCUUAAGUCUGUAGUUCUGUUCCCAUUGACUCUAAUGUCACAGGACCCUGCUGGUAACCUUGUGUGUGAUGACAUGCAAGACUAUGAGAUUCAUAGUUUCUUCUUGGUUUGCAGGACCUGCAGCAUCUGAAGCAUGAGUCAGCGUUCUCGAGCCUCCAGGGUGCGACAGCACGUCCACUGUGAUUCCUGCUACAGCCGGCGCUGCAGGGCUCGGGUGGAGGUCUCUGUGUGCUGUGCGGUCAUCCCCUGCCCCCUGCACUGUGGAGCUCUCUUCCACCAUUGUAAAGAGGAGGAUCACCUGCUGCUCUGCCCCAACGUGAGGGUGCCCUGCCUCAACGCCGAGUACGGCUGCCCGCUCCACCUGCCCCGCUCCUCGCAGGCAGCUCACCUCCAGCUGUGUCCGGCCAGCGUAGUAUGUUGCUCCAUGGAGUGGAACCGAUGGCCGGCCAACGAUGCCCAUUCUUAUCCAAACACUGAGCUACUGAAAAACCUGCUCAGGGAAAGAGAGCAGGGAAGAUGUCUGGACUUGGCCAUGGCCCUGAAAGACCAGGACCUCCUGUUUCACUCCAUGAAGAUGAGAAAUCUGUUCCCAGAGCUGACCCAGAGUGUGGAUGAGGGCGAGAAAGAAAGGAGGGACGACAGGAGGAAGGAGAAGCAGAGGAAAGAGGUAGCAGAAAAGGCAGCUGCAAAGGAGGCCAGUGAUCGGGAGUCUUUGAACAUGUCCGACAUGCACACAUCUGGUGAAAAAGAAGAGGAGGAUGAAGAUGAGGUUGAUGUUGAAUAUGAGCAGGAGCUAACCCAGGAAGAGAGAGAGGCUAUUGCCUGGGGCACAGAAGUGAAUGCUGAUCUGUUGGAAAACUACAACGCCUGGGAGAGCAUGUUCAGUAUGGAAAGAGGUGGCUGCAGGAAAGCUGGAGAGGCAGUUAUGGGAGGCAGAGGAGACAGCCUGGCCACUCUGACAGAAGAAGAUACAUCAGAUACCUGUAUGGAUGCCUCAGCAUCAAACUCCUGCCAACAGGGGAGCAGUGCAUGCAUUGCUUCCUCUUGUCUCGCUGAAAAACUGAAAAGGGAAUUUGUGUACGGACACUUGGAGCCGAUGAAGAUUAUCACUGUGCGUACCUUUAAAACCCCAACCAGCUUCUCUGCCAGGCAGUCCCGCAUCCGCAACCCCAAUUUCUACAAGAGGGAGAAGCGAGCUGUGGAUACCAGCGACCUCGGGGUGGUCCUAGAGAAGAUGCCAGUGUGGGAUGAGGUUCAGGCCUCUCUGCUGUGCUCCCUGGAGAAGGAGCAAAGAGGUCACCUCAUUGCAGAGAGCGUAUGCACGGACGCUCUGUUACAAGAUGAAGGCACACAGACCUACAACUUCUUGUCUGCUCCUUUCCGGAGAGAAACAUCGCUGGCUGACCUGACCGCUGCCAAACCGCUGGAGCUGCACCUACAGCUGCAGGUGGAAAGCGUCACCAGUCGGCACCACAAGGCCAGCUCUGCCUUCACCUUCCUCUGUGGACACACCUUCCAGCGCAGAGAGUAUGGCAAACAUUAUAAGAACAUCCACAGUGACAUCCAGAUGUGUGUGAGUGGAUGGUUUGAGCAGAGAUGCCCCCUGGCCUACCUGGGAUGCACCUACAGCCAGACGAGGUUUCAGCCCUCCACUCAUGAAGCCACUGUCUCCUACAACGAGGACCUUGGCUGCUUUAGCCUGCAUCCCACCGUCCCUGUUUCUCCGGGUGAAGCUUCCCAGCCGUCCAGGAGCUCAGUGGACUCCUCCACCACUCAGAGGAAGAGAGGAGGUCGGGGAGGAGGACCAGAGGACUCUCUGAGCUCGCUGCCCUACGAGGUGCUGUGCCACAUGGUCAGUUUCCUGGACAGUCUGUCCCUGUCCCAGCUGGCUCUGGUGUCCCAGCUGAUGAGGCAGGUGAGCUCCUCUCUGCUGCAGGAGAGAGGGAUGGUCACCCUCCGCUGGGAGAAGAAGACCUACUCGCAUGGAGGAGCCAAGUGGAGGGUGAAGCAGACGGUUUGGCACUUCAGCACUUUGUUCUCUCCUGUGGACGAUUGGUGCUUCCAAGACGUCCCGUCCAUGUCAGAGCACCUAAAGGUGUGUCCCUGCUAUGAGAGAGAGUCCAGGACAGAGAAGGUUCACCUGCCUCACGUCAGAGAAGAAGAGGUCCAAACUAAGACAAGCUGUGAUGGUCCCACUCUUACCCAAUUGUUCCAGCAGAAGAGGAUCAUGAUGUAGUGUAUGCUGCUUUAAUCUGUUAUUAUAAAGCAUGUGCUUAGUUGCAUGAUGCCUCGUUUAAAAAUGUAGACACUGAAUAUAACUUUUUGGAAACACACAACCUGAAUAAAUACUUGAGCGGUUGUACAUAGCAACAACUGAGCUGAACUGACCAUAUGAUGUUAAAUAAUCAGUGUUGCAUAAAAAAUGCAAAAAGAAAAAAAAACGCAGCUUAGGCAGUUUAUUGGAGCUGAUUGCUGCCCUUUUUAUGUCUAAACUCCCAAAAGACAUCUGCUAACUUGUGCUUCAUCUCUACUUUAUUGACAUUAGAAGUUACAAGCAAGCACUAUAAGUUACAGUGGUCCUUCGGGUCCUUGAACCACUUUUCAACUGGACCAAUGGAGUCAUUUUUGACAAGGGGAAACCCAGAGCUGGCUUCUCUAGUGGUCGUUGCUAGUGUUGUGUGUGCUGGGGAGGAAGUCUGCCCUGAGCAGUCUGUAAAACAGCACCAUGUUCAUGAUGGAGAUGAGACUCAGGCCUACUGUCCCCAUCAUCAGGACGUAGCGAGACAUACGUUCACUGUGAGCCGCCAGCCAGCGGGUCAUCCAAGCUAGCGUGCAGACACGAAACACCAAUAACCUGCAGGUCGAGACAAAAAAAUCUGUGAGAAACUCUUUUUUUUUAACCAAUAUGAUAUCAUUAGAGAAAUUAGUGCUCGAGCUGGAAGGCAGAUUUUGUUGUUGUUGGACAAAGCCAGACUAGUUGUCGGUGUCCCGGCACCAGCUUCAUAUUAAACUGAUAGAUAUGAUAUCGACCUUCUCAUCUGAAUCUCAGCAAGAAAUAGGACAAGUUCACAUCCUAAAAUGUCUAACUAUUCCUUUGAAGUUAUACAUCUUGAGGAAUAUUUCUUAACUUUUUUUCCAGAUGAACUAGCAGCUUCUUAGCAAAGAUUACUUAAUCAUUCAUUUAAAUACAUAUGAAAGGCCACCCAUGGAUUUUUUUGCACACGCUCACAUAUGAACACUUUCUUGUGCAAGAGGUAGUUUUGCUAUUGAUUUUCACAGUUGUGAAACCUCCAGAGGAGAGUCACCGUGCCACGUACGUUCCCAGGUUGAGCCAGCUGGUCACUCUGUAGGUCACAGAGGGGCGAGGGGCUGUGAUGUCCGACCCUGGCACGUUCCUCCGUCCUGACAGGAGGAGGAGCUGCCUGAUGUGAAGGAAAACUGAGUUGAUCUCAACCAGCAAAGACACCACGGAGUAGCCCACAAAGAGGUGGGACGUCACAGAGAAACUGAAGCAGGAGAGCACCUGAGAGAAGAAUCAGAGGUUAACACACACACACACACACACACACACACACACACACACAAGCAGAAACAUGCAGCAAAACUCAAUUCACACUCUCACUAAAGAAACCACACAUUAAAAUGAAUGAAAAGAGUUUCUGAGGUCACUUUUAGAUUCCAAUACUUCUACUGUAAAGUAGAUGAUCAAUAGAUAAUUAAUACCUCAUACACUAAAUCCCCUACUGUGGAAGCACUUUCUAAGGGUUUAGAGUAUUAAAUUAUAUAUAAAUUAAUGUAAAUAAUCAAUCCAUCAUUAUACAUCCUUAAAAAUAAUUAGAAAGACAAGUUGCAAAAAGUCAAUUUUGUCCUCUGCAGGUGAACAUUUUGUGAGUUUGAUAAAACUUUUAAGGACAUUGAAGGAGCAUAUACUGAAGGAUAUUGUUAUAAUCUGGCAAACAUAAAGCCUUACAUCUUAUUAGAACUCAACACAAGCAGACCUUGAAUUAUGAGUGUUGAGUUACCUCUCUGGUUCAAUCAGCAACUUAAAAGAGCUUCACAGAGCGACUCAUUAGCUCAGCUAUCAGCAAAACGUGUCCUCUAUUUUACAAUCUCGUGACCUAAAGUCACUGAGCUGUUUUCCUGCUGGAGGGGAAUCAGGUCGUGUGCGAUUUAAUUCACUGACCUCAUCGUUACAACACAUAGACGCGUCAAGGCUGGAAAAAGUCAACCUAACAAAUACUUUGUACUCAGAUCCUAAUGACACCCAGAUGGAAUCUUUGUUUUCUGUUGAUCCUUCGUCAUAUCUUUAAAUAUAUGUCAUCAAUUAGUUCUAUCUCUAGAUUUUCUGAAAUGCAGAUAUUCUGUCUAUGUUCAAGAUUAUCCAAUUUUCGAACUUUCUACUAAAACAACAAAUAUGUCACGUAAAAAAACACAGACAUGCACUGCAAAUACAGAAAACACAAGCAAAUACACAACAACGAAACAGAAGCAUCCAGGGGGACACUUAUUUAUUUGCAGUGUGUUGAGCUGUCUCGGCCACCGUGCUAUACACACAUGUAAACACACACACACGCGCGGUGUAAAGUUUAUUACCGCGGUGUGGUGGAGGAUCACCUCCCAGGACCGUUUACAUGACUGGUUCAAAGCCACGUCCAAGAAGUCAUGGAUAAAAUAACCUAGAGGAGGAAGUACAUGAGUUAUGUAAGCAUGCAACACAUGUACAUUGAUACACAAAACAUCAUUCACUGUUUUGGUUAAGGUUUGUUCAAUCCUUUUAUUAAAUCUUGCAGAACAACAUUUUCAUCAUUUCCCCACUUUGCUUUUUUUACUGUCAGUAUAUAAACUGGUGUGGUCAGCGUCUGAUAUCCAAGUGAGGUAAAUUAACUUUUACUUGAUUCAAUCCAGGAACAGAUUGUUGCAUGACUUGGAAGUUGUUGUUGUGAAAGCCUCAUACAUUCAAACUCUACAUUCAGUGUCUGCUGCUGUAGCAGAGGUUUCCAUUCUUAAUUAGGUGAAAUAACCAAGUUGAUUUCUAGCCUAAUGUCCGCUGUCUGCUGAUGUGUGAGCACGUGCAUCUUUGUGUGUCGUGAGCGAGGUUGUCACCUGUAGACACAGCUACGAGACUGUGGGAGAGCAAGGAGUGAGAGGAGAUCAG